GUCACCGUCGCCGGCGCGGCGCCCCGCAUAUAUGACGCUCGCGCUCGGGAAGGCGCACCACCGCUCGCGAGCUGCGACCAACCCGACCCAGGCUCGAUCCUCGCGUGCCUAUCCCCAACGAAGAGGAUGACGCCGCGGCGGCGGCUGGCGCUGCCGGCGCUGCUACUUUGCCUGUGCGCGCUGCCCGCCCUGGCGCGGUCACAGAGCGCGGCCACGCCCGCGCCGGCGUCCAACGAGGGGUUCAACUGCUCGGCGAACGCCACGUAUCCGUGCCAGGCGUACGCGCUCUAUCGCGCGGGCUUCGGCGGGGUGCCGCUCGACUUUGCGGCCAUCGGCGACCUCUUCGCGGCCAGCCGCUUCAUGGUCGCGCACGCCAACAACCUGUCCUCCUCGGCCGUCCCGGCCGCGGGGCAGCCGCUGCUGGUGCCGCUCCAGUGCGGCUGCCCCUCCAGAUCGCCCAACGCCUACGCGCCUAUGCAGUACCAGAUCAACUCCGGCGACACCUACUGGAUCGUCUCCACCACCAAGCUGCAGAACCUGACGCAGUACCAGGCCGUCGAGAGAGUGAAUCCCACGCUGGUGCCCACCAACCUCGACAUCGGCCAGAUCGUCACGUUCCCCAUCUUCUGCCAGUGCCCGACCGCCGCGGACAACGCCACCGCGCUCGUCACCUACGUGAUGCAGCCGGGCGACACCUACACAUCCAUCGCCGCGGCCUUCGCCGUCGACGCCCAGUCGCUCGUCUCACUCAACGGGCCCGAACAAGGUACGCGGAACCUGGACUCCCCGGAGAUACUGGUGCCGCUCCGCAGGCAGGUGCCGGCGUGGCUGCCGCCAAUCGUGCGUGUGAACAACGCCUCCGCGACGCCCGCGUCCCCGCCGCCGUCCCCUACGCCUGCCCCCACCGUCGUGACCAAAAAUCGAGACGGGGUGGUGACCGGACUGGCCAUUGGGUUAGGCGUCAUCGGUGGGCUGUGGCUGUUGCAGAUGCUUCUGUUGGCCUGCCUGUGGAGGCGGCUUAAGGCGAGGGGGCGGCGAGCCGAGGCGGUGGCGACCGGCGAGGGCGUCGAGGGCGGCAGGUUUCCCAAGGCCGCGUCCGGCGGCGGCGGGCGCACGUUCUUGGUCAGUGACAUAUCCGAGUGGCUGGACAAGUACAGGGUGUUCUCUGUGGAGGAGCUGGAGAGUGGCACCGGAGGUUUCGACGACGAGCACCUCAUCCAGGGCAGCGUGUACAAGGCCUACAUCGACGGCGAGGUGUUCGCCGUGAAGAAGAUGAAGUGGGACGCCUGCGAAGAGCUCAAGAUCCUGCAAAAGGUGAACCACAGCAACCUGGUGAAGCUGGAGGGCUUCUGCAUCAACUCGGAGACGGGCGACUGCUACCUGGUGUACGAGUACGUGGAGAACGGAUCGCUGGACCUGUGGCUGAUGGACCGCGACCGCGCCGGGCGGCUGGACUGGCGCGCGCGCCUCCACAUCGCCCUCGACCUCGCCCACGGCCUGCAGUACAUCCACGAGCACACCUGGCCGCGCGUGGUGCACAAGGACAUCAAGAGCAGCAACGUCCUGCUCGACGACCGCAUGCGCGCCAAGAUCGCCAACUUCGGCCUCGCCAAGACCGGCCACAACGCCGUCACCACCCACAUCGUCGGCACGCAGGGGUACAUCGCGCCGGAGUACCUCGCCGACGGCCUCGUCACCACCAAGAUGGACGUGUUCGCCUACGGCGUCGUCCUGCUCGAGCUCGUGUCCGGGCGCGAGGCCGUCAGCGACGACACCGGCGAGCCGCUGUGGGCCGACGCGGACGAGAGGCUGUUCCGCGGCCGGGAGGAGAGGCUGGAGUCCCGGGUCGCCGCGUGGAUGGACCCGGCGCUCGCCGGGCAGACGUGCCCGCCGGGCAGCGUCGCGAGCGUGGUGAGCGUGGCGAAGGCGUGCCUGCACCGGGACCCCGCGAAGCGGCCGAGCAUGGUGGACGUGGCGUACACGCUGUCGAAGGCGGACGAGCACUUCGCUGACUACUCCGGCGAGAGCGUGUCCGUCGACACCAGCGGCGGGGUCGCGGCACGCUGAGAUGUCUCUUGUUUGACGUGUUGUGUACAGUAGUUGUAUAGCGAGUGGCGAGAGAGAGAGAGAGAGAGAGAGCAGGAACCUAAUAACGCCGGCGUUACGUGCUUACCUUACACGCGAUGUCCUUGGGAUUGUCGAUA